AUGAUAAACCUACUUCACGUCCUGGUGCUCAUAGCAGCAUCGGCGCUUCCCUUUGCAGCCGCCGCCUCGGACAAGCCGCUCAAGCCAUGUACGGUCAUCUCGCCCACCACCGAGCGCUUCUUCGACCUCAACCCCAUGCGCCGUCUGGCGCCUUCGGAGUCUGAUGGCAAGAAGAGCAACAAGAAGGAGGCCGAAGAGGGCAGCUGGCAUGCCAGAGGCUACGACUAUGGCGCAAACUUCACCAUCAACUUCUGCGGGCCUGUUGUAGAGGAGCUCGACGAGGUCCAGGACCUUGACAAGGCCCUCUGGCGCAACGUCAGCGCGUUCUACGAAAAGGGCAGCAAGCAAUGGGCCAUCGGCCUCGAGAGUUCAGAACCCAUAUUCCGCGGUCGCAAACUCAUCCUCAACUACACGGGCGGCUCGCUGUGCCCCUCCUCGCCGUCAAAGUCCAAGCGCGCGCUCGAGCCAGUCGCGCUCGACUCGCGUGAAAUCAUCGACGGGGACGACGACGACGAUGACAAGGGCAAGGACAAGGACAAAGACAAAGGCAAAGAUAGAAAGAAAAAGACGGAAGAACGCCGCAAGACGACUGUCAUUUCGCUCCUCUGCGACUCGGAUCCCCUGGCCAAAACCUCCGUGUCAUUUGUCGCCGCAGUAGACGACUGCGCAUACUUCUUCGAAGGUCGCUCGCCCUUUGCCUGCGGCGGCGUACACCAGGAAGCGCAGGCGCUGAGUCCCGGCGGCGUCUUCGGCGUCAUGGUCACGAUUGCCGUGCUCGUCUAUUUCGCCGGUGGUUGCGUCUACCAGCGCACCGUCAUGCACCAGCGCGGAUGGCGCCAGCUGCCAAAUUAUGCCAUGUGGGCUGGCAUCUGGCGCUUUUUCACGGACAUGUUUGUCAUCUUGACUUCUUCCUGCGCUCGCUUUAUGCCUGCUCGUCGCGGAUACAGUCGCGUUUCCCUGGGCCAGGACAAUGCGCGUAGAGGCCGCCGCAAUGAGGAUGAGGAUAGACUCAUAGAUAACUUGGAUGAGGAGUGGGAUGAUUAG